AUGUCCCUGUGGGGAGCAGUGCCUCUGCACCCCAGAGCGAGGAGGACGCGCGGGGGUCAGAGGUGGCUGCAGGGCGGGCAGAGGAGGGACCUGUGCAGGGGGGUGGACUGGCGGCCCGGGAGCAGCCAGGAAGGGAGGCCAGCUGGUGACAAGAGAGCCCGCGGGCGCGUCGGGGGCUGGGUGGAGAGCCCGGAAGACUGCAGCCAUGCCUCACAGCUCGGACAGCAGCGACUCCAGCUUCAGCCGCUCUCCUCCCCCGGGCAAGCAGGACUCAUCUGAUGAUGUGAGAAAAGUUCAGAGAAGGGAGAAAAAUCGCAUUGCUGCCCAGAAGAGCCGACAGAGGCAGACACAGAAGGCUGACACCUUGCACUUGGAGAGUGAAGACCUGGAGAAACAGAACGCGGCUCUGCGCAAGGAGAUCAAGCAGCUCACGGAAGAGAUGAAGUAUUUCACGUCGGUGCUAAGCAGCCAUGAGCCCCUGUGCUCGGUGCUGGCGGCCAGCACGCCCUCGCCCCCCGACGUGGUAUACAGCGCCCAUGCCUUCCACCAGCCUCACGUCAGCUCGCCUCGCUUCCAGCCCUGAGCUCUGAGAGGCGGUGGGGGGCGGACGGAGCCCCCAGCCGCCCUGGCCGGCCUCGGGAGGGGCACACAGACUGUGGCCAGGCCGCCCUCGCCCCUCAGAGCCCUCUUUCCCUCCGGAGACCCAGAGGCGGAGGCCCGGACAAGGAUCGAGCGCAGGACUGUACCGGCCGAGAGGGUGUGAGGUCACCCAGCGGCGUGGCCGCCUGUCAGCAUGUGCCGGGCCCCGUGCGGACGGGAGGCCCAAUCCAGAGUCAAAUCCGACACGAUGCCCAAGUCCCAUGGCACAGAGGGAGGAGGGCAGGGUAGGGUUAUUUUUCUAAAUAAAUUUCUUAAAAGCAA